UUGUGAGUCUCGCGUGUUGCGUUUGCACGCAUUUUUUAUAGUUUCAGCUGUCGCAAUGAGCAAGACACAGAAAACGCUGCAGUUCCAUGAACUGGAGCUGGACCAAUGCAUACUCAAGGCAAUUGCGCAUUUGGGUUGGGAGCAGCCCACGUUGAUACAGUCAACGGCGAUUCCAUUGCUGCUGGAGGGGAAGGAUGUUGUGGUGCGGGCACGCACGGGAUCUGGCAAGACAGCCACCUAUGCACUGCCCCUGAUCCAGAAGAUUCUCAACUCGAAGCUAAAUGCCAGCGAACAGUGUGUCAGCGCCCUGGUACUGGCGCCCACCAAGGAACUGUGUCGUCAGUCGCGUCAGGUGAUCGAACAGCUGGCCGCAUCCUGUGGCAAGGUGGUGCGGGUGGCCGACAUUGCCGGGAGCUCGAAUGAUGCAGCCACACAGCGACAUGCGCUCGCCGAGCGUCCAGACAUUGUUGUGGCCACACCGGCAAAGAUCUUGGCACAUGCGGAUGCGGAUGCCGUCAGUCUGCAGCAUAUCGAGACUCUGGUGGUGGAUGAAGCGGAUCUGAUCUUUGCCUUUGGCUAUGAAAAGGACUUUAAACGGUUGAUGAAACAUUUGCCGCCCAUUUACCAAGCGGUACUCGUCUCCGCAACCAUAACAGAUGAUGUGGUGCGCAUGAAGGGAUUAUGCCUGCGAGAUGCCGUCACAUUGAAGCUCGAGGAACCGGAUCUGGUGUCGUUGGAACAGCUGACACAUCAGCGCAUACUGGCCGAGGAGAAUGACAAGCCGGCGAUAUUGUGUGCUCUAUUAAAGCUCACUUUAAUCCAGGGCAAGAGCAUCAUCUUUGUGAACAAUGUGGAUCGCUGCUACAAGGUACGUCUGUUUCUGGAACAGUUUGGCAUACGCUCCUGUGUGCUGAACUCGGAGUUGCCAGCGAAUAUUCGCAUCCACACCAUUGCCCAGUUCAAUAAGGGCACCUACGACAUCAUCAUUGCCUCCGAUGAGCACAUGUUAGAGAAGCCAGCCGGCAAAUCACAGCGUAAAUCAAAACAGGGUGACCACGAGUCGAGUGCAUCGCGUGGCAUCGAUUUCCAGGGUGUCAAUAAUGUGAUCAACUUUGAUUUCCCUCGCGACGUCACCUCCUACAUCCAUCGAGCUGGACGCACCGCACGUGGCAACAACAAGGGAUCUGUGUUGUCCUUUGUCAGCGUCAAGGAGGUGCCCGUCAACAAUGCCGUGGAGCAGAAGCUGCGCAGUUGUUUUGGCCGGGAAACACUCGCCAAGAGGGACACACAAGUGCCCAACUCCUCCACUUCCUCCUCCGCCUGCGAAGAUGGGACAACCAACAGCAAAACCGUUGAACAACUGAAACGCACCUUUGCCGACAGCAAGGAACGCAAUCCCAAAGAGACUUGCGAUAACAUCAUCAAGCUCUAUCAAUUUAAAAUGGAGGAAGUGGAGGCUUUUCGUUAUAGGGCCCAGGAUUGUUGGCGUGCUGCAACUCGUGUGGCGGUCCAUGACACGAGAAUACGUGAGAUCAAGAACGAGAUACUCAACUGCGAGAAGCUCAAGGGUUUCUUCGAGGAGAACCAACGGGAUUUGCAGGCGUUGCGACACGAUAAGCCAACGCGAACGAUCAAAGUCCAAUCACAUCUGUCACAAGUGCCCGAUUACAUCCUUCCCACGGCUCUCAAGCGUGUCGCCUUCAAUCCUUCACCCGCAACACAAGCGCCAAAGCAACCUCGUAUCAGUGGAGCGAAGGCGGCAUUCCAGCGUCAGAGCAACGAUCCUUUGAUGGUCAGCGAGGUGGACUACAACAAACGACGUGGUGCAUCCAAGCGUAAGAAGACCAAGUGAUUGGAUCUUCUUAUAGCAUCUUAUAGUUGUCCUAUAGUUUAUUACAAUUAGUGGUCUGUGAGCUGUGAGCAGAAGAAAAUAAUCCUUUGGCUUUCUUUUCUUUUUUUUUUAUCAUGUUUUGUCCUGUAAGAUCGAAUAUGAGGAACCAAAAUAAACGUUAAACUCCAUGUGAAGUGAAAUACCAUUGACAA